CUCGGGCCCGCUUAUCUUAGGCUUGGGCCCCAUUACACAGCGGCUGGAAACUUUUGAUCAUGGAAGGUGACUUCGGGACCAUAUAAUGCCGCCACGCUUAAUUUUUUUCAACCGCCGACCUCGUUUUCAGACCCCACUGACUGGAAAAACUGGCACGGAAACCAGGCGAAAAGAUUUCAAUCCUCCCGACUCGGGCGGGUUCCUAUUCCUCGCAAGAGAUGGCGCUGCCGGCGCCGGGAUAUACAAUUUCAGUUCGACAUCGUCCAACGUGCAAGUGAACAACCUUAGGCGUGCCUUGGAGAAGGGCGAGAAGUACACUGCCCAAGAUCUGAUCUAUAGCGGCGCCUUGAGUCAGGAUCCCGACUUCUUGGCGGUCUCGUCCCUUCUGAAUGCAUUCCUGAUCGGGAUAAUUGGCGGGAACCGUCUGAUUGGUACGGAGGUCCCGCCUCAGGCUGCUGCUCAGUCGUCACGCUUUUCCCGCCUACCGUCAUCCCGCUCCCAACAGAGUCUGACAGCCCAGGAGACGACCUUGCCUUUUAUUUUGGAAAGAUUCCCGGUGUCCUCCGACCUCGAUGGUGAGGACGCCGGCGCUAUCAAUGCGUCCUUGCGGUACGUGCUUCAUAGCCGUGAGGAAGCCGGCUAUGGUGGAGAUGAUGAUGAUGAUGAUGACGAUGAUGAUGAUGGCGGUGGCUUCGUCGUUCUGCACCGUCCCGAAGAUGUUCUGGCGCACCGUGACCGUCUGAUCGCUCUGAUCGAGGAGCGAACUCGCCUCAGCAACAGAGUAGCGAGUCUGCUCCUUGAUGACUACAGGGGGGAGCAUCAGCGGUUGCUCAGUGAGUGGGGGCAGAACAGUCACCGGGUUCUGCAGAGAGUACGUGUCAGAGCAGAGAGCGCACAAGGAGGAGGAGGAGGAGGAGGAGGAGGAGGAGGAGAGGAAGCAAGGCGAGAUGCUGGGGCUUCCUGUCUCGUCUGUCAUGAUGAUUAUGCCAACGACUUUGCUCCCUCACCGAUGGGCUGUGACCAUAUCAUCUGCUGGGAUUGCCUGCGCAAGCACCUCUCUGCUCAGGUUUCCGUGAAUGAGGUUGGGCAUUGCGUCCAGCAGGGGUGCAAUGAAGAAUGGCCAAGGAGCGUGGUGAGGCAAGCUCUGGACGCUGCUACCUUUGAUCGCUACCUGAGCAUCCUGGCGAACAGAUGUGUACAGCUCAGCGUGAACCUAACAUGGUGCCCAAGUCCUGAUUGCAAGAAAGCAUUGUAUCGAAAGGAUGUGGUGGCUUCAAGCAGCAGUAAGGCGGUGAAGCUUGCUACACGACUUGUUGCGAGGUGCAGUUGUGGCCACAUGGUUUGCUGGAAUUGUCGUGAGACAGCACACGAGCCUGCCACGUGUGAUCAGAUGGAAAAGUGGAAAGAACGAGGCAGCUGGAGUGGUAUACAACAACAGAGGGACAGAGAGGAAAUUGAGAACGCCAGGUGGAUCACUGGAAAUGCAAAACCUUGCCCACAUUCAUCGUGUGGAGCUCCGAUCAACAAGAACGAGGGCUGCAACCACAUGACAUGCAGAUGCGGACAUCAGUUCUGCUGGUUAUGUCUGCGAGACUGGAGAGGACACGACUCAGGCAGCUGCCCCCGUGUUGCAGGAGAAGUCCAGAAGAACCUUGAAGCAAAGAGGGCCGCCCUUUUGGAGAAGGCAAGAGUAUUGCAGUUGAGAAAGCCUUAUGACCCACAACUGCAGAAGCAUGUCAGCUUCGAAAGCAACGACGACGUGUGGCUGGCGGGACGACGGCGUCGUGCUGCGGAAAAGGGCCCGGUGGCGGCGGAGGCCACGUCCAGAGGGUUCCCUCAUCUGCUCCCGCAGCGUGUUGUGCUUCCAUCGCUGCGGAAAAGGGCGCGGUGGCGGCGGAGGCCACGUCGACUGCGCGUUGCUCUUCGCGUCCGUGCGCGGGGUUGUGAGCGGAGGAAAGGGGCCAUCUUCUCAACGGACGUCUUCGGGACCAUCGUCCGGCGCGGGAGGACGAGACAGACGACAGCGGAACGACGGGCUAUGGAGGGCGGCGCCGCGGCUAGACGUGAUGCGCUGAGUCAUGGUGAGCUGCAGGCGGUGGCGGCGGCCGUGUCGACGAUCGUUCUUCGAUGUCAGCAGGAGAGGGCGCUGGGGCGACUGAAGGAGCAUUUGCGCGCGCGUAGACGGAGGACGUUGACGCAAGAUCCGCACGAUGGUGCCGAGUUCGUGGCGACGUCGGAAGCUGUUGUUCAUCUGUGCUAUGCGUUGGGCUGCAGAGUGAUACCCCGCGCGACGCCGCGGUGGUGGGUGAAGCGCAGGACAGGAGGAACGUGGGAAAACCUCAGGCUAUGCGACGACGCGACUGACGACUACUUCCGCGAUAAGCUGCGAAUGUCGCCGCGAGUGUUCCGGGAGAUCGCGGAGGCGUGUGCGCCUCAUCUUCAGCGGCAGGUGACGCUCUACAGGGAGCCUUUGCAGCCGGACCAGAUUGUGGCGUACGCACUGUACAGGUGGGCUUCAGGUGAGAUGUAUGAGAGCAGCACGUGCAACUUCGGGAUCGGACGAGCUUCUGGGCUGAUUGCCGUCCACGACGUGACUGCCACGCUGCUGAGGGUGUUCGGCGAUAAGAUAGCGUGGCCGACGGGAGUUCGUAAACAAGUCGUUGUCGACUUGGACUUGCGUGUGUUGGACGUGCACAUGGGAUACCCCGGUAGCUGCCACAACAUCAGGGUGCUGCAGUUGUCCAGCCUGUCGCUGCGCACGAAGGAGGGGUCGUUGUUCCGCGGGCCCCCCGUCACACUGCCGUUCGGUGUGAAGACGAACGGUUACCUUCUGGCGGACAAUGGGUACCCACCUGCCGAAUGGAUGGUCGUCCCGUACGGCCGUAUCAAUCAGAGCGUCGAUCAGGAGCGGUUUGACAACAAGCAGAAUGUGGCAAGGGGAGCGGUGGAGAGGGCGUUCGGCAGGCUGAAGGGCAUGUGGCGGCUGUUUCUCCAAACACACAAGACAAACCUGGAGACGCUCCCGCAACUGUUUACCGCCGUCUGCAUAUCGCACAACUUACUGAUCGACGCGGGGAUCCCCUUCGACAAGAAUCUGUUGUGGGAGGUCGACGGUAAUGGUGUGCGACGACGAGUGGACCUGGGGAUCGACGAGCCCCUCCAGCCUGUGUCGAUGUUGACGUCGACCCGCGAAGCCUUAGCCCUGAGGCAUGCUUUGGCGGAACGAAUGAAACACGAAUGAGUCGUGUAUCAUUCAUGGACGACAGCACAUGAAGAUGGCUUAAUUGCAACAAUGG